AUGUCGGAUAGCCUCAUCGUCGGUCUCAUCUUGUUCCAUAUCUCCUUCUUCGGUGUCCUUACCAACUGGACCGUUCUUCUAUUCUUGCCAAAAGUGGGGUCAUUCAACAAAUCUUUUGGAUAUCUCACUUGGAAUCAAGCCUUCGGAGAUGCCCUUCAAUCCACUACGGUUUUCACUUUAGUCGUUCCGAUGGUCUUUUUCGACCUGGAAAUCCUAAAAUCCAACUCAAAUUACAUUUCUCUCACAAUGCUAUUGGGAUAUGACAUCUCUGUCUUAACUCAUCUUCUACUGGCUCUAAAUCGGUUGUGUGUGGUGGCGUUUCCGUUGAAAUUUCAACUUUAUAACGAAAAACUAACGCUAACCAUGAUAAUCGCUGUGAACAUCUACGCCUUUGCAUCCAUCAUCAUCUUCUUCCUAAGCGGUUGCAAAUACAGUUGGAGUAGUGAGAUGUGGAUGUUCCUCUACCACGUCUCCAACCAAUGCGUCAAUUUCUCAUUCUACGCCAUCUUCUGUAAAUACAUCACGAUCAUAUUCAUCGUCGUGUUGAUCGACGUCUUCGUGAUUUGUAAAGCGAGACUCAUGUACCAGAAAUCACGGACGGACGCGACGAGUCGGCAGAUGAAUUCUAAGGAAAUCUGUUUUUUGGUUCAGACAUGUCUACAAGGAGUGUUGUUCAGUAUUGAGUUGAUUUGCUACUUCAUAAUUUCCCCGACAGUGGAGAACACAUGGGUUCGGUUCUUCAUGACAACAUUUGCAUUUUCUACUAUACAUGCGUGUGAUGGAGCCAUCAGCAUCGCGUGCAACUCGGAUUUCCGUGCCUAUCUCUACAGAUCCUCCAUGCGAAAAGUCCGCCCCAACGACUCAAAGUAUAACUCUCGAGUGGAAGGUUUUCGAUCUACCGUAUCCGUCUCCAAAUAUUGA